AACGUAACGUUGUAUAAGUACGGGUCGUUUUUUUUUUAGUUGACAACAUUUUGUGUUUGUAUUUAUUAUUUGCUAUUAAAUUGUGUUUUCCAUUGGAUUCGCCAUUCAAUCCAAUUAUUGGCUGUUUUUUUAGUGACCACCGAUAGUGACUGACUGUCCGACAGUUUAUAUACACAAACACAUAACGUUUAGUAGUUGUUUGACCACUAAUGAUGGCCACCACUAAUAAUGGCCAGUCGUCGUCGUCCGCCACAACACUGGUGACCACUACUACUACCGCCGAUGUCAUCGACGGACAACCAGAACCCGUACUCCGAUUGACAUUUCAAGGCAAUGUCCAAACUGAUCGGACAACGGCCGCCACCGGCACCGCCUCCUCGUCCUCCAACUCCCGACGGGUUAUGUUUGCCGCCGAAACGGUCGACAACGAACAUCUGAACCGCAAGAAGUCCAAGUGUUGCUGUAUUUAUGAGAAGCAGCGGCUGUUCGGCGAUAGCAGUAGUAGUAGUAGUAGUGAUGACGACUCGGAUGACGGCCGCGGAGGCGGUGAUGACUGUUGUCGCGAGAGUGACCACUGUUACGGACACAAGAGGCGACCGCCGCUGCAGCCGAUUGGUACACAUAGACCGUCACCGACAACACAGAGCGGUAAAAAUGGUGACCAGAAUUUGGCCGGAGGUAGUGGUGGCGGCGGCGGUUCCAGCGUGUGAUUGAUUGGACACCAAAUAAUAAUCAUUUAUUUCAUUAA